AUCGACACUUUCAACGAAACUAAAAUGGAGGUCGAGAGAACAGGUGAGAAUGGAGAGCGGCGGAAGACGACGGAGCAACCGCCGUUGCGGAACCCGUUGAUGGCGGAGGAGAGGAGGAAGAAGAGGCCGACGGUGAUGGUAGCAGUGGACGAGAGUGAUAUGAGCUUAUACGCUCUGAAAUGGACCGUUGAAAACCUAUUCAACAAGCCUGCCGCCGUCGCCGUAUCUCCGACUCCGGCCACCGGUGAACAAAUCCCUUUGGCGGAACCGGAUCCGGAUCCGGAACCGGAACAUGGGAUGAUCACCGUUGCUCAUGUCAUUCAACCUUUCGAGCGCUAUGCCAUCCCUUCUGAGGCUUCAAUGUACGUGUCCUCCGCGAUGGUGGAGUCCGUAAGAAGAGCGCAACGGCAAAACGCGUCCGCACUUCUCUCUCGUGCAUUGAAAGUUUGUAAAGAAAUGAAGAUCAAAGCAGAAACCCUAAUUUUGGAAGGGGACCCUAAAGAGAUGAUUUGUGAAGUUGUGGAACAAAUGCAUAUUGAUCUUCUCGUCGUUGGUAGUCGUGGUCUCGGCACAAUCAAAAGCGCUUUCUUGGGAAGCAUAAGUGAUUUCUGUGCGCAUCAUGCACGAUGCCCGAUAUUGAUAGUAAAGCCUCCCCGCCACAAGUAACUUUGUCCGCAACUCAACUCGAGAAGUGGUCGAUCUUGAUGGUAUGUCGAAUGUUGUUUUCGCCUUGUGGUUUUUGUUUUAAAUGUUACGAUAAUUUAGUUUGUGAAAGAUACUGAAUGGAGAACAUGUGUGAUUUGAGCAUAGCGAAAAAAUUAAGUUGUUUAUAUUGAUCAAUAUGUAUGUAUGAUCUAAAAUAAAGUGUUUUUUAGUUACUGUGCUGAAUAAACAAAGUGAA